AUGGAAUACGAAAAAUGCUAUGUCUUCAGUCCAGAAGACACACGACCUGUAAAGCGCCGAAAAGUCGAGCUCACCGGCCUGCAAACAUCCUGGCCGAUUCGCGAAAAGGCCUACCAAACAGCGUGGUCCGCCCAACAAGCCCGCAUAGAUGCGAAGGUCAAUACCAUCAAUGCCACGACCGUCACGGACAUUGCUCAAUUUCUGGACGAAGCUGUCAGAAUACCAGCUACAGAUCGCAUACCCGCAGGUCUCAUUCUCGCCGGUCCGAAUUCUGCUCUUCGAGCUUCAAUCGCCGCUCAAGUCGCCAAACAGACGGGAGAAAGGACGAGACGAGUCCUCGCCACCAUCUCAUCAAAUGCGGGAUCAAAUCUCAAAGGCCUUGUGCGGACGAUCAUCCAAAAGGCGACUUCCAGCCCUGAGGGCGAAGACGAUGAUGAUGGCGAGGAAGUGGGGGGCUCAACGAGGAAGGGUGCCAAGCUGCUGAAGUACGACUUGCAGAUCCUCUGCGACUUCGUCCAAGAGCGGCGGAUCCAGCAGGUCGUCAUCGCCAUCGAAGACACGGAGGCGUUCGACUCGGAUCUGCUUUCCGAACUGAUCGAGCUGCUAAGCUGUUGGCAGGGAAGAAUCCCGUUCGCAUGUCUAUUCAAUGUCGCGACCUCGGUGGAGUUCCUACAGCAACGACUCUCAAAGUCUGCAGUCAGAUGCUUACAAGGCCGACUUUUCGACGCGGAACUUUCAGCGGAUGAAGUCGAGCAGGUCUUCGAAGCGAUCGCGAGUACGGAAGUGAGACUUUGGUUGGGAGCGGGACUCACGGCUAUGAUGUUGGAGCGCCAGAGCGAUUACAUUCAGAGCAUUGAUUCUUUGGCGCAGGCGGCGAAGUACGCUUACAUGUCGUGUUUCUUUGCGAAUGCGCUGAGUGUGUUCCUGGACCCCAAGGUGGAGUUCGAGAGUGUACCCAAAGAUCACUUUGAGGCUUUGAGGAAUUUAGAUUCUUUUCGGAAUGAGGCUACGAGGAGGUUGGAGGCUGGAGAGGCAAAGCUUGUUCGCGAUCUGCUGGAUCGGGAUCAGGCAUUGUUCACGUUCACGCAACAGGCUGUCAAACGUGGGCGAACCGCUCUGGCCGAAAUGGUCGCCGCUACUGAGGUGAUACGGACGGUACAGCAAUACCUCCCCAACACUCCAGUGACGACAAAGUCGAAACUCUACGUCCAAGCAAUGUCCGGGAAACUCUCAAACUCAGCGCAACUCCGCUCCCUCUUCCUCUCCCUCCGCAAAGCGCAUUCCAACAUCGCUCGACAAAUCCUGGAGGCUCUCGACGACGACUCGCGCAACCUUCCACCCCAAGACAAGUACUCCUUCUACUGUAUUCGCGCCGACCUGGAGGACCUCGUCCAGGGCAUGGCCAACUUACGCAUCCCGCUCCGCAGCGAAGACGACGUCCAAAACUCCACCAUGCGGACCACCGUCGUAGCGCAAAAAGUUGAGCUGAGCAAACAAAAGUCCGUUCUCUCAGAGCAAGACUCGGCGUACACGAUCAUCAUCCGGAAAUUCUCCAAGCUGUUGCAGGAGUUCCUGGCUGACAAACUUGUCAAUCCCAAAGACCUCCCGUUCCACGAGAUCUUCGUCUACGAUCUGAAGAGCCCGUAUCGAGAAGUCUUCACUCCACGUCCAAGGCAUGCUAUUGAGCGGGCAUUGGCGAGUCCGCAUGAUUACCUGGAUUGCGAGUGCUGUGCGCCGGGUCAAGGCGAUGGGGAAGAGGCUACGCUUGCGGCAAGUCAGCCGGCCACGGCGGUGCUGUAUCAACUGUACCUGGAGUCGGGCUUGUUGAUCAACGCGAGCGAUUUGUGGCAGGCGUUUCAGGCUGUUGUGGGGGAUAAGUUGGAGGAUGAGCAGAAGACGAUGGCGCUAUUCCAGCGAGCGCUGUCGGAACUGAGGCAUUUGGGUUUCGUAAAAGCUACGAGGAAGAGGGUGGACCAUGUUGCGAAGGUCGCUUGGAAAGGGCUGUGA